CCAGGGUUCACCCCCACGAUCGCGGGGCUAACCUCUUCGGGUUCAGGGCAGGGUCCGGGCGUGGCCGCGUCUCAAUUUCCCGUCCAAGCCCCCAAUUUCCCCUUCACCACCUUUUCCUUCUUCCUCCCAUCUUUUUUCCUUCCAAUUCCCUUCAAACGCAGUCUGCCGGCUGGCACCCUUCGUCCUGGGCUUUUGGACCGUCGCUCCUUCCAAGGUUGACUUCUGCGCCCACUUGCCUUCGUCGCGUUGAACUCGCGACUGACGAGAUUUCCCCUGUCACAGCCCCGUCCUCCUCCUCCUCUCAGCUGAAGGUCCGCGGACAGGACACCCCCAAACGAAACCAUGCGGAAGAACGUCGUCGCCUUCGUACUUAUCACCAUUGCGGUGCUCGCAUUCGCAGUGCAUAAUGUCUGGAUUCUAAUAAGCUUGCUGUUUGUCGACGGCUCCGAGGACGCCAUUUCGCGCGCCGAGUUGCCCGCACCCAAGUCCGGCGCAAUCAGCGAGCGGCCGCAACUGAUCCCAAAGAUCAUACACCAAACCUAUAUAAACGAGAGCUUGCCCGAGCAUUGGAAGGGGCCUCAGAAGAGCUGCAUCGACCUCCACCCAGACUACGAGUACAAGUUGUGGACGGACAAGAAGGCACGCGAAUUUAUCGCCGCUGAAUAUCCAUGGUUCCUGGAGACCUUCGACGGAUACCCCUACCCUAUCCAACGUGCCGAUGCCAUAAGAUACUUUGUGCUCCACCACUUUGGUGGCAUCUACAUCGAUCUUGACGAUGGUUGCAAUCGGAGCCUCGAUCCCUUGCUUGCGUAUCCAGCAUGGGUCCGUCGAACAACUCCUACCGGUAUCUCUAAUGACGCCAUGGGCGCAGUUCCUCGCCAUCCAUUCUUCCUCAAAACCAUUGAUUCCCUUCCCGAGUACAAUCGGAGGUGGAUCCUUCCAUAUAUUACCGUCAUGGCUUCAACCGGGCCGCUAUUCCUGAGCAUCAUCUGGCGCCACUACAACAACGCAAACCCCGUCGGCGCUGAGCGUGUGCGGAUUCUCUUCCCCGCCGAGUACAAUCACCACUCGUGGAGCUUCUUCACCCACCACCUUGGAAACAGCUGGCACAACAACGAUGUCAGGCUCAUCUUCUGGAUGGCAAAACACUGGCUGAUGGUCACUAUCUUGGGAUUUGUCAUCGGAUUCUCCCUCCUCGCCUGCAUCUACACCGUCUUCAUCAGACCCCGACAGCAACCCGGCAGCCCCAAGCUCCGUGCCGCCUACUCCCGGGCGCCUUUUUACAGGCGCAUCAGCCAAAAGGACAUCGAGCUGGAUGAUAGACACGAAGUAUAACCUGGCUAUUUAUAUGUCCAUUUUUCUGUUGCUUGCUCGAAUUAUUUUUCAUCUUAAUGAAGGACUACGCUUUUAUCUUUCUCAGAUUUCUUGUAACAUCACUGGUUAUCUGGUCACUGCAUUUUCUGGCGCGUUGUCCUGGGCUCACGAUCGCUUGCAUAACAUGACAUGUUCGCUUCUUUUCUUCGCUUUGGAAUCAAAGCAAAUACCAUCAGUUUCUCUUCGCCUUCCCUGAUUACAGGGUUGAGCACUUAUUGGAUGCGUAUGGUUUUAAUACCUUUUGCAGAGGAAAGAACACGAGGGCGCGUGCGCCGGGGCGAUAUGUUAGACGGAGUCUCGUAUUGUACGGAGUAGAGCGCAUCGAGGCGCGUCUUAGAAGGAGAUAGGGCGUACGCCUGUGAGAUUUGAGGGCGCUAUGUUGUACAGCCAUGCAAAGUGUGCGGACGGCAGUCCGACGGCAUGAAGGAAUUUGAAUAAGAAUCUAUCGGUCG